CCGGUGCGGGCCGCGCUCAGUCCGCCGGCCCAGCGGCCGAGGGGCUCCGCGCGCCCGCCCGCCCGCCCCCCCCGCCCGCCCUCCGGGGCGCCGCCGGGAUGGCCCGCGGCGUGAUCGAGGUGGAGCGGAAGUUCGUGCCGGGGCCGGGCACCGAGGCGCGCCUGCGGGAGCUGGGGGGCACCCUGGCCCACCGGCGGACCUUCCGGGACACCUACUACGACACGGCGGAGCUGCGCCUGAUGCGCGCGGACCGCUGGCUGCGGCGGCGCGAGGGCCGCGGCUGGGAGCUCAAGUGCCCCGGCGGCGCGGGCCUGCCGGGCCCGCACACCGAGUACCUGGAGCUCACGUCCGAGCCCGCCAUCGUGGCCCGGCUCCGGGAGCUGCUGGGGCCCGGCGCGCCGGACGCCGGGCGCGUGGCCGCGGCGCUGGGCCCGCUGGGGCUGCGGGAGGUCGCCAGCUUCGUGACGGAGCGCAGCGCCUGGGAGCUGGCGCCCGCGGGCGCCGAGGCCGGCCCGCCGCUCAGGGUCGACCUGGACACGGCCGACUUCGGCUACGCCGUGGGCGAGGUCGAGGCCCUGGUGCCGGAGGCGGCCCAGGUCCCCGGCGCCCUGGACCGGAUCCUCGGCCUCUGCGGCCUGCUCGGUGUACCAACCCAGGAGAGAGCCCCCGCCAAGCUCAUCGUGUACCUACAGCGCUUCCGGCCUGACGAUUACCAGCGCCUGCUAGAACCCACGGUUCCAGAGAGGCCACCGGGCACGACGCACUCCGACAGCAGCCUGAACGAGGGCGUCGCUUCCUAGAGGGCAAGGGGAAUCGUGGGCCUGCACGGCCCACGCCGGGGCCCACUGUGCCCUCUCCUUCCCGCAGGGCCUCCGCUCCACCGCGCGGGCAGCUCCUGCACCGGCUCCUCCGCUGCCCUUCCUGAGGCUCCCCCCCCCCCCCCCCCCCCCCCCGCCACCGCCGCUCCCUCAUCCGUCAGAUGCAAUCUGCGGGCCGCCCCUCUCCCCGGGCUGCUAAGCAGCCUCCAUUGAUUUCCGCUCGUGUUUAUAGGAUUUCCACUUAGCCGUGAUCAGUAGUUAAGCACAGGAAAAUCCCUUGCCACCCCCCUCCCGUGGUCGAUGCCAUCGAUUCUGCCAGCGGCUCUGAAACCGCCUUCCAGCUGAGGGGCGGCAGCAGGGAUUCCCCUGUCUUGGACGCGGGGAAUAACAGCAAGGUGGGCGGAUUGCUUGGAAAUCCCUGUUAGGAAUCCGGGAAUUCUUUUGGACAGGCUCUCGGCCCAGUCCUCAUCCAGAGAGAAGUGCUUCCCGUGGCCCGGUAAGGGCAGAUGUGUUCUCUGACCCUGAGAGGAGCCGGGGAAAAACUCGAAACAUUCUUGAGGCAAGUUCCCCAGGUUCCAGAAGGAUUCGUCCUUCCUGCUCGCACCGAGAGCCUCUGCCCUUGCUGGGAUCCGCAUACGUUUUCCACCGCAAAUACACUGAAAUCGUGGCUUU